AUGAACUCAAGCCGGGAUCCAUUUGAAGAUGCUUUUAUGAAGAACUUAGUUGCAGUUGGGUUGGGUGUCAUCAUAACCUACAUCAAUGGAAUCUUUGUGAUUGUCUUUUUUAAAAAUCCAGUUUUCUACACUGACACAAGAUACAUUCUGUACAUUCACCUUGUCAUCAAUGACAUAAUUAUGCUCUGCCUUUCAGUUACUUUGUAUGUUCUGAGUUAUGCACUACCCUUUUUGAAUGUCGCAGUGUGCAGUGCUUUGCUUUUGUUUACUGCAACAACUUCAGAAAACACUCCACUGAAUCUAGCUGCAAUGGCCUUGGAACGCUACAUUGCCAUCUGCAAACCUCUGCAUCACCAUCGGCUUUGCUCAGUGAAAAGGACCUACAUUCUCAUUGGCUUGAUAUGGCUUCUGACCUUUGUUCCUGCACUAACUGAUAUCUUCAUUGUCUUGGUGAAUGAACCCAUCAGUAUUUUUUCAACGUCAGUUAUUUGCUAUAGCAAGAAUGUUUUUGGCACAAAUCAGCACCUCAUUAGAACAAUCAUUGUAGAGUCACUUUAUUUAUCAUGUGUGUGGAUGACGCUGAUCUUUACGUACUUCAGGGUUUUUCAGGCAGCUAAAGCUGCAACCUCUGAUCAGGUUUCUGCCAGAAAAGCCCGGAACACUAUUUUGCUCCAUGGCCUGCAGCUUCUUCUCUGCAUGCUCGCUUAUGUUACCCCACUUAUAAACUAUUUUUUCUUAGCAUUGUUUCCUAAAUAUAGAACCUUAUUUAUGUAUUUUGGCUAUCUAGUAUCCAAUGUUAUUCCAAGGCUACUCAGUCCUCUUAUAUAUGGAAUCCGAGAUCAAAAGAUGUUUAGAUAUGUCAGAAUGUAUUUAAUGUGUGGUUUAUUCAAUACAAAGGUUAUUACAAAAACUAAUGAAACUUAG